AUGGAUACAACUAUCAUUAAGAGGAAGAGGAAAUCGGCACUCGCAAGAAGACAUCGGAGAGCUGUCUUGAAUGAAAGAACAAAAAAAAGGAAUAAAGUUGAUGAAAAUGGAAGGAUUCAGAAGCGUCGCUCACCACUCGGUGGAGUUGCAAAAUCAUCAGCCAAACUAUUGCAAAUUGGUCUGAAAGAAUCUGUGUCAUACAAUCUUAUGGAAAAACAUGCAUACGAAAAUAUUAUCUAUCAGGCAACACCUCAGCCUAACACGACAGAUAGUCAUUUCUCAUCUGAAAGCUCCAUAUCAAAUAUUACUGCUGUUUCACUCACCCCUGCACAGAAAUCUGCAAUGGCACGUGAGAGGAGAAAGUCACUUAUAAAUUUGAAAAAAUCUCGCACACGCACAACACCAGCCACGAACGGAAGUUGUAACACCAUAGAAACUGAUAAUCUUCAUUCUCCGCCUAUAACAUCCGUCGUUUCAUCCAGCAGAAAGAAAAAAACUCAUGAUGUCCGAACCAUCGCAGCAAAUUUAUUCAAUGACUUUUCUAAUGUUGCCAAUGGGGGUAUCUCUUCCUCCACAGGCAACCGCGUUGGUACAACCGAAGUAGACAUUGAAGACGAUGAUAGUUCGGACGAGGAUAGAUCGGACAAAUCGUUUAGUGAUAGUGAAUGUGAGUUCAUAAACAACAAUCCUGACUAUGAUUCAGCAUCAAGCGUCGAUGACCAUGAGCAGCAAAAUACAAAUUAUAGUUCGAUUAAUGAUCAUGAUUCAGGAUACUCAGAUAUAGGUGAUCCUGCAAUAGAAUGUACACGUUGUGGGGCACUUAUGUGGUACGGAGAGAAAUCUGAUAAACGAAAACAUAGUGUUGUCCCCAAAUUCCAACAGUGUUGUGGAAAUGGCAAGAUUUUGCUUCCUCUUUUGAAAUUACCUCCUCCUUAUCUUAACCAGUUGUUGUUUCAAGAUAAUGGUGCGGAUAAUCAGAAUUAUCAGCAAUAUUAUAGAUUGUACAACAUGAUGUUUGCCUUUACAUCUCCUGGUAUGAAGUUUGACAACAGGUUCAAUGCCGGUGGAGGUCCUCCUAACAUAAGAGUACAUGGACAGCCUUGCCAUAGGAUUGGGAGCAUGAUGCCGCUUAAUGGACAGACACCCAGAUUUUCUCAGCUAUAUAUUUACGACACUGAAAAUGAAAUACAACAUCGAAUCAAAGGAAUGGGAAACAAUCCAAAUAUAAUUCCGCAUGUUGUGACCGAAUUGAAGAAUAUGCUUGACGAGUUCAACACACAUGCUAAAUCUUUUAGGAUGGCUGCAGACAGGCUACGACAUUCCGAUGUACCAGAAUUGAAGUUAAGAUUAAUUGCAGAUAGAUCAAAAGAUGGUAGAAUUUACAAUCAACCCAAUGUUGCAGAAGUUGCUGCAUUGAUAGUAGGCGACGUUGACACCGGAGAUAAAAGGGAGAUUAUUCUUGAGAGACAAAGCGGGAAACAAGUUCAAAAAAAAAAGAUGAAUAAGCUUACCAUAAGAGAAUGGCUUGCGUAUCGCAUUCAAACAAGAGCAACUGAGGCACAUACGCUUUUGAGAUCACGGAGACUGUUUCAGCAAUUUUUAGUUGAUGGAUUCUGUAUGAUGGAGUCCCAAAGAUUGAAUUAUAUCCGCAAGCAUCAGAAGAAACUUAGAGUUUCUAUGUACUCCAAUCUUACCGGUCCAGACCAAGGAUCGGACACACAGGGUUCAAACAAAGGUAAAAGGGUAGUUUUGCCGUCAACCUAUGUUGGUAGCAGGAGAUACAUGGAGCAGCUUUAUUUUGAUGGAAUGGCUAUUUGUAGCCACGUUGGUUUUCCCGAACUUUUUAUCACUUUUACUUGCAAUCCAAAGUGGCCCGAACUUAAGAGACUUACCGACAAAAUAAAGCUUCAUCCUCACGAUCGCCCUGACCUCAUAUCCCGAGUUUUUAAAAUCAAGUUGGAUGAGCUGUUGUCUGAUUUAACAAAAAAGCAUGUAUUGGGGAGAGUUGUUGCAUAUAUAUACAUAAUUGAGUUUCAAAAAAGAGGUUUACCACAUGCACAUAUUCUGUUAUUUAUGCAUCCCGAAAGCAAGUGUCCCAGUCCAGAAGAUAUAAACAACAUCAUUUCAGCAUAA